UAUCGAUAGUCCGGCGGCAGCUCAGUAAAAGCGCAUGUUACAUCAUUAAACAAUAAGAAAAUAAUAAUUUUAGCUAAAAUUGGCGCAACCGAGAGCCUGGCAGCCUGCAACUGGAUAUCCAGCGGAAAUGUACGUGCCCGGCCACUCAAUCUGAAUCAAUAUUCGUAUCUAAAAACCGAUUCUAAUGCCCGAGCAGCCUACAUUUUUUUUUGGACAACACGCACGCAAACCAGUGGAAUAUAAAUAAAUAAAUAAAACAAAUAUAAAACAAUACAAUGAGCGAGAGCACUAAUCAGUUUUGUGACGUUGAUUUUUGAACAAAAAAAAAAAUAUAUAGCAAAAAAAAAAAAGGAUUAAACGAUUAUAGCUGCACUUUAUCACGUUAAGAAUUUUAAGUUCAUUCAUAGCUCCCGUCGGCGGGGAGGAGGAACAACUGAAGAAGAUCCUGUAUAUCCUUAGGCUGCAUACCUUUUGUUUUGUAUCGCAAUUCUCUUCUUCUCCCCGACAAACCAAACUAUUUCCAAAUCAUACAAUAUAUAUAACCCGGUACGGAUAACGAAAUGGCGGCCUACUUGAACCGCACCAUAUCGCUGGUAACCGGGCAAACGGGCCCCAACGACAACGACGAUCGCAAUUCAUCAUCCACGGACACGGUGGACCAAUCCCUGUCGCGUCUCAACUCAUCCCUUCAACCGUCGGGCUCCACGACGUCGGCGAAUCUAUUGCCGGGUACACGGCCCUAUCAACUGAACGACAAAUCACCGCUCCAGGUCUUUGUCCGGGCCAAGAAGAAGAUCAACGACAUUUACGGCGAGAUCGAGGAGUAUGUCCAAGAGACCAAAGAGUCCAUCAAUGCCCUUCACGCCGAAGCGGAAAUUGUGGACAAGGAGGAAAAGGAGCUCUUCGAAAGCUAUGUCGAUAAGGUGGCCAAUAUUAGGCAGGUGCUGCAGCGCGAUCACAUGAAGGUGGCCUUCUUCGGGCGCACCUCCAACGGCAAGAGCUCCGUCAUCAAUGCCAUGCUGCGCGAGAAGAUCCUGCCCAGUGGCAUUGGCCAUACCACCAACUGUUUCUGUCAAGUGGAGGGCAGUAAUGGCGAUGAAGCUUACCUGAUGACCGAGGGCUCGGACGAGCACAUCAACGUGGUGAACAUCAAGCAACUGGCCAAUGCUCUGUGCCAGGAGAAGCUCUGCGAGAGCAGUCUGGUGCGUAUCUUUUGGCCGCGCAAGCGCUGCAGUCUGCUGCGCGACGAUGUGGUCUUUGUGGACUCACCCGGUGUGGAUGUGUCGGCGAACCUGGACGAUUGGAUUGACAAUCAUUGCCUCAAUGCCGAUGUAUUCGUUCUCGUCCUGAACGCCGAAUCGACAAUGACGCGUGCCGAGAAGCAAUUCUUUCACACCGUCUCCCAGAAGCUAAGCAAGCCGAACAUCUUCAUUCUGAACAAUCGGUGGGACGCCUCGGCGAAUGAGCCGGAGUGUCAGGAGUCGGAACUGGCUAAGGUUAAAUCGCAGCACACCGAGCGCUGCAUCGAUUUUCUGACCAAGGAACUGAAGGUCAGCAACGAAAAGGAGGCAGCCGAACGGGUUUUCUUCGUCUCCGCCCGCGAAACCCUGCAGGCGAGAAUCGAGGAGGCCAAGGGCAAUCCGCCGCAUAUGGGCGCCAUCGCCGAGGGCUUCCAGAUGCGUUACUUCGAGUUCCAGGACUUUGAGCGCAAAUUCGAGGAGUGCAUCUCACAGAGCGCGGUGAAAACCAAGUUCCAGCAGCACAGUUCGCGGGGCAAGAGUGUCGCCGGCGAUAUGCGUUCCAUGCUGGAUAAUAUAUACGAACGGAUAACCAUAUUCCGUAAUCAUAAAAAGGAUCAGAAGAACAUGCUCACCGAACGCAUUCAGGGCACUGAGACUCAGAUGAUGCAGGUAACCCGCGAAAUGAAAACAAAGAUCCACAACAUGGUCGAGGAGGUGGAGGAGAAGGUGUCCAAGGCACUGAACGAAGAGAUUUGGCGCCUGGGCGUUCUCAUCGAUGAGUUCAAUAUGCCCUUCCAUCCGGAGCGUCUGGUGUUGAACAUCUACAAGAAGGAAUUGAACGCCCAUGUGGAGAGCGGUCUGGGCAGCAAUCUGCGGGCCCGCCUCUCCAUGGCUUUGGCCAUGAAUGUGGAGUCGGCCCAAACGGAAAUGACCGACAGGAUGCAUGCCUUGGUGCCGGACAAGGAGCUGCUCGCCACCAGCACCAAAAUGGUUGUACGGACCCAACCCUUCGAGAUGCUGUACUCGUUGAACUGUCAGAAUCUGUGCGCCGACUUCCAGGAGGAUCUCGAGUUUAAGUUUAGCUGGGGCAUCACCGCCAUGAUCCAGCGCUUCACCGGCAAGGUGCGCGAACGCAGCCAAAAGAAUCAGCCGGCGUUGGUCCAUCGCCAGAGCAGUAUUGGGCAUAGUGUGGUUACGCCCGCCAGCUCACCGGUGGAGACGACACCCGUGUGCUUGAUGCCCGGUUCUGGGGGGAUGACCGGCAUUACGCCCGAACAGCUAUCGUUGAUAUCGCGGUUUGCCGUCAGCUCGAUUGGAUCGCAGGGCACGGUCGGUGGACUUGUUGUGGCCGGGGUUAUGCUGAAAACGAUCGGAUGGCGUGUCCUUGUCGGUGUCGGCGCCCUCUAUGGCUGCAUCUAUCUGUAUGAGCGUCUAUCGUGGACCAAUUCGGCCAAGGAGCGCACCUUUAAGGGUCAAUAUGUGCGGCAUGCCACCAAGAAGCUCAAGAUGAUCGUCGACCUCACCUCGGCCAAUUGCAGUCAUCAAGUCCAACAGGAACUGUCGAGCACCUUUGCCCGUUUGUGCCGCACGGUCGAUACCGCCACCACCGACAUGAACGAUGAACUGAAAACGCUGGAGGCUCAACUGAACAUCCUGGAGGCCAAUCAGAAGCAAUUGAAACUGCUCCGCAACAAGGCCAACUACAUACAGAACGAGCUGGAUAUAUUCGAGCACAACUAUAUAUCGCCGCAGUAGGCGGAUCUGGUGUUGUAUUUUUUUUGCGGGGAUGAUUCUAGCACGGCCUGGCCAACGGGGGGAGUCCAACUAUGGAUCUGAAGCAGCUUUAACCUGGACUCAAAGGAAUACCUUAACAAAGAAUCAUUUACAUCAAGGACUCUAUAGCCUUUUGUUUCUUUUAAAUAUUUUUUCAUUCUAUUUUUCUUUUUUUUUUUAAACCGCAUGUUUAAA